AUGCUGAAACUGUUAAAUAGAGCAUAUAAUAAUCAAUUUUAUGAUACUCAUAUAUCGCCAUUGAUUGUUCGAAAAAUAUACGGAUUUUUAUGUUGUGAAGUCAAGAACAAUUGGGGUAAUCUAUUAAAUAGCCAGAAACAAAUUCGAUAUAAAUCAUACAAUCGCUUCUUGGAUUAUUCAAAAGUACCCAGGCUAGAUGAAAAUGAUUUACAAGAACAACAUGUUAGAGGAACUGGACCUGGCGGCCAAGCAACUAACAAGACGAAUAACGCAGUAAUUUUAAAACACAAACCUACAGGAUUAGUUAUAAAAUGUCAUCAAACUAGAAGUUUAGAACAAAAUAGAAAAAUUGCUAGAGAGAUAUUGUUAAGAAAAUUAGAUAAUUUAGUGAAUGGUCAGGAUUCUCUGGAAAGUCAAAAGGAACGAUUAAUGAAAAAAGAUUCUAUUAAGAAGAGACAAAAGAAAAAAAAACUCGCAGAUUUGAAGAAUGCGUUUAUGGAACGCGAGAACUUAAAAUAAUCGAAAAUAUAAUGUAUCAUUUAAACAAUUUUUUGCUCUAGAUAUUAUGUAAUAUCUUGUCUAAUAAAAUUUAAGUCAAACACAA